UUUGGAUUCCGGCAUUAGCGAACACAGUCUGUUAUUAAGCAAGCUUGCCUUGCCAUAAAGGAUUUCGACACCUCUUCCGACUUGUUUUGUCCUGCAUGGGAAAUGCGUUGCCACACGGCACGGAAUCGGCACCCCUCUUCCUCCGGCAGGAAGGGCCGAGUGCCAUGCUCCGGCUCCAGGGAUGGAUUUAUUUCACCAAACCAGAAGAAAAAAGGCUUGGGUUUUGCAACAUCGCCGGUCGGGGAGUCAUCUCGCAUGUGGGAACCUGCGCCGUGCCUCCAGAAGGAGCCGAAGCUGAAGGUUUAAAGAAUGGCAAACGCAGAAGUGCAAGAGAAAGCCACCGAUCUGAAAGAGGAAGAUCCGGCCCUCAUUGAGUUCUACAGCUCCUUCAAGGACUUGUUUGAGUUCUUCUGCCUCAACACCACCAUCCAUGGCACCAUCCGCCUGGUCUGCUCCAGCCGCAACAAGAUGAAGACAGCCUUCUGGGCCCUCCUCUUCCUCGCCAACUUUGGCAUGUUGUAUUGGCAAUUUGCCCUCAUCUUCAACCAGUAUUGGGGCUAUCCCGUCGUCAUGUCCCUCUCCGUCCACUCAGAGCCCAAGAUGUUCCCUGCGGUCACCAUAUGCAACUUGAAUCCCUACAGGGUCAACACCGUCCGGAAAAACCUGGACGAGUUGGAUAAACUGGCACGGAUCAGCCUUCAACGUGUGUAUGGCUUCAAUCUUUCGGAUAAAUUCCUGGAAGACGAUGCCGAUGUUGACAUAGAGGGCAAGUUGCAUGAAGAUCCCAGUACCGGCAACAGCUCUGGAUUUCAACUGGAUUAUAGCAUCACUCUGUUGCCGACAGAUGACAAUUUGAGCUUCCGACUGUGUAACGCAACGGGUGGAGACUGCUUCAGGAUGACCUACAGCUCCGGAGUGGACGCGGUCAAGGAGUGGUACCGUUUCCACUACAUGAACAUCAUGUCUGAGGUCCCCCACAUUACUAAUGUUCCCCAUAACGAGGACAGCAUUGAAGACUUGGUCUACGCUUGCCAGUAUGAGGAAAGACCCUGCAAAGGCAGUGUUACUGAUCACUUCCACCAUCCUAUCUAUGGAAGCUGCUACACUUUUAACUACAAUGGGACGGACGUCUUCUGGAAAGCUUACAAGCCUGGAAUUGUCUAUGGUCUGUCCCUUAUCCUCAAAGUCCAACAGAAGGACCACAUCCCUUUUCUGUCCACUGGCACGGGCGUCAAAGUGAUGAUCCACAACCACAACCAGACGCCGUUCCUGGAGCACGAAGGGUUUGAUAUCCGGCCCGGGAUCGAAAGCAUCAUAGGCAUCAAGCAGGACGAGGUGAAUCGCUUGGGUGGGCUUUACGGCGAAUGUACUGAAAGCGGAGAGGACGUGAACGUCAACAUAAUCUACAACAGCACCUAUACAAUGCAGGCCUGUUUGCAUUCCUGCUUUCAGCACGAAAUGAUUGAAAAGUGUGGCUGUGGAUAUUACUACUACCCACUGCCCUCUGGGGCCGAAUACUGCAAUUAUAACAAGCAUCCUGGUUGGGGUCACUGCUUCUAUCCACUUUACAAACAACUGUUGAACCACAAUCUCAGUUGCUUCAACAAAUGCCCCAAACCAUGCAAGGAGUCGUCGUACAAACUUACAGCAGGAUACGCGAAAUGGCCGUCAACUCCAUCAGAGGGAUGGAUCCACAAGACUUUGCAAGCACGGCACAGUUACAACAAAACUGGCCCCAGGAAAGAUAUCGCCAAGGUGAACGUUUUCUUUGAGAGGCUUGACUACAACUCGUGGGACGAGUCUCCUGAAUAUGAUAUCAACCUGGUCAUGUCCAACAUGGGAAGCCAAUGGAGCCUGUGGUUUGGGUCUUCCGUGCUGUCCGUGGUCGAGAUGUUUGAGUUCCUUGUGGACGCGGCCAUUUUGACGCUCCUUCUCUUCUACCGGCGCCUGACUGCCAAGAAAUCGCACAAAAUGCCUCACUCUCCGACUGUCCCGAGUGUGAGUUUGAUGCUGGAGAAGUACCGCUACGUGGAGGAAGGUCUGGCCACGAACCAGCCUUCAGAGCAGACUUACAAUGGUGAAGCCACCUUCUCCCAAGAUGGUCUUCCUUCAUAUUCCAAAUACGACAAGUACCAACUGCCCGAGCUGUACUCGAGUGUGGUGCUUCAUAGAUAUGAACCUCAGCAUGAGCAUUGCAUCGAUUUCGGCUCCAAGAGCUAAUGGGAGUAGCAAAGCAUCUGAAGUCAUGCCAGCUCUACCUUGACAACCUUGCAAGGUUCCUUCGGGUUCUGACCCUUGACAUAGCAGAUCCAGAACCACAAGACUGAUCGGAUCUGAUAUUUGACGGAGGAGUUGGAAUCUGUGAUUUUUCCCUUUUCCUCCAUUGGCGCGGACUUGUCCUGGAGUAAACAAGAUGGCGUCAAAUGAUCAAAGGUUGGGUUGUCGUUCCAACCCCGAGUUGACUUGAAGAGACCCAAUGGAUCUUAUCCAGGUGGGAAGGAUGUUGCAUCCAAAUUGGUUCCUGGACUGACUUGAAAACUCUUUGAGUAUUACACUAUGGGACAAAAUAUGAAAACAAUUCUGUUCCUGGUUUGAAAGUGUUGUUUCCGGUUUAGUUGUGUGGUACCUACUUUGAAGGUAGUUGUUAUGCACCAGAAACUACUGUAUAUACUUGAGUAUAAGCCGAGUAUUAUAAUAAUUUCAUAUUCGCAUUGCCUCCUGAAAUGUUUGCAAAUCCUCUCUCUCUGUAUAUAUUUCCCUCUUGCAAUAUUUGCAAGCCCUAUAUAUCUAUGUUUAUAUCUAUCUAGA